AUGGAGCCAUCUGGGUCCCAGAGGCUUGGGGCCGAGCCCACCUGGUGGGGUAGCGCCCCCCAGUACCAGUACAUGCCCUUUGAACACUGCACCAGCUACGGACUGCCCUCCAAGAGUGGGGACCUGCAGCACAGGCUCCGGAGGGAUGCAGGCCCCCGUCCCAACGCCCGCCCCACACAGAUCUAUGGCCAUCACAAAGCGCAGUUCUCACACAAGGAGCAGGACACGGGGAUGCCCGAGACGAUGGACUCCAGUGCUUCCAUGGACAACAUGGAUGAGGGACACUAUUCUAAAUGUCAAGGUUGUAUCCACCGUCUGGGACUCGUGGUGAGAAGAAAAUUAGGGGAAGACUGGAUCUUUCUGCUGCUUCUGGGGCUGCUUAUGGCUCUGGUUAGCUGGUGCAUGGAUUACGUCAGUGCCAAAACCCUUCAGGCCUACAAGUGGACCUACUACCAGAUGCAGCCCAACCUGCCUCUGCAGUUCCUGGUCUGGGUCACCUUCCCACUCAUCCUCAUCCUCUUCAGUGCCCUCUUCUGCCACCUCAUCUCUCCCCAGGCUGUCGGCUCUGGAAUCCCUGAAAUGAAGACAAUACUUCGCGGGGUUGUCCUGAAGGAAUAUCUCACCCUCAAGGCCUUCGUGGCCAAGGUUGUGGCCCUGACUGCGGGGCUGGGCAGUGGCAUCCCUGUGGGGAAAGAGGGCCCUUUUGUCCACAUUGCCAGCAUCUGCGCCGCUGUCCUCAGCAAGUUCAUGUCCGUGCUCUGUGGGGUGUACGAGCAGCCAUACUAUUACACUGACAUGCUGACCGUGGGCUGUGCAGUAGGAGUCGGCUGUUGCUUUGGGACACCACUUGGAGGAGUGCUGUUUAGCAUCGAGGUCACCUCUACCUACUUUGCCGUGAGGAACUACUGGCGAGGAUUCUUUGCAGCCACCUUCAGCGCCUUUGUUUUCCGAGUGCUAGCUGUGUGGAACAAGGAUGCUGUCACCAUCACAGCUCUCUUCAGAACCAAUUUCCGAAUGGAUUUCCCCUUUGACCUGCAGGAACUCCCAGCCUUCGCAGCCAUCGGGAUUUGCUGUGGUUUCCUGGGAGCUGUAUUUGUGUACCUGCAUCGCCAAGUCAUGCUCGGUGUCCGGAAGCACAAGGCCCUCAGCCAGUUUCUGGCUAAGCACCGCCUGCUCUAUCCUGGAAUUGUUACCUUUGUCAUCGCCGCCUUUACCUUUCCACCAGGAAUGGGACAGUUCAUGGCUGGAGAGUUGAUGCCUCGUGAAGCCAUCAGUACCCUGUUUGACAACAACACGUGGGUAAAGCAUGUAGGCGACCCUGAAAGCCUGGGCCAGUCAGCUGUGUGGAUCCACCCAAAAGUCAAUGUUGUCGUCAUCAUCACCCUCUUCUUCAUCAUGAAGUUCUGGAUGUCCAUCGUGGCCACCACUAUGCCCAUACCCUGCGGAGGCUUCAUGCCUGUGUUUGUGCUCGGAGCUGCAUUUGGAAGGCUGGUAGGAGAGAUCAUGGCCAUGCUUUUCCCAGAUGGUAUCUUAUUUGACGACAUCAUCUACAAGAUCCUACCUGGGGGCUACGCAGUAAUUGGAGCAGCAGCGCUGACUGGUGCGGUAUCCCACACAGUCUCCACAGCUGUGAUUUGCUUCGAACUGACGGGUCAGAUCGCUCACAUCCUACCCAUGAUGGUGGCUGUUAUCUUGGCCAACAUGGUGGCUCAGAGCCUGCAGCCCUCCCUUUAUGACAGCAUCAUCCAGGUCAAGAAGCUGCCCUACUUGCCUGACCUUGGUUGGAACCAGCUCAGCAAAUUUACGGUCUUUGUUGAGGACAUCAUGGUACGGGAUGUGCAGUUUGUUUCAGCUUCUUGCACUUAUGGGGAGUUGCGAAACUUGCUCCAGACCACCACAGUCAAGACUUUACCACUGGUCGAUUCAAAAGAUUCGAUGAUCCUGCUGGGCUCCGUGGAGCGUUCAGAACUGCAGUCCCUCCUGCAGCAUCACCUGUGUCCUGAGCGGAGGCUGCAGUUAGCCCAGGACAUGGCAAGGAAGUUGUCCGAGCUACCCUUCGACGGGAAGGUGCGGCAGGCUGGGGAGGGGCACCGUGGCGUCUGGCCCCAGGGUCGACCUGAGUCCUUUGCCUUUGUGGAUGAGGAUGAAGAUGAGGACCUCCAUGGGAAGCCCGAGCUGCCUCCUCUUCCUCCUCCUCACCCCCUUCCUACUGCUCCACUGCCCCCUGAAGAGCCCAACGGGCCCCUGCCCGGCCACAAACAGCAGUUGGAAGCACCGGAGCUUGAAGGUCAAAGACCCUCCAUCUUUCAGUCGCUGCUGCGCUGCUUGCUGGGCAGAGCUUGCCCCACAAAGAAGAAAAUGACCCAGGAAUCAGAGGAAUUAGUGGAUAACAUGUCACCUGAAGAGAUUGAGGCCUGGGAGCAAGAGCAGCUGAGCCAGCCUGUCUGUUUUGACUCUUGCUGUAUCGACCAGUCCCCCUUCCAGCUGGUGGAGCAGACGUCGCUGCACAAGACUCACACGCUCUUCUCCCUGCUCGGCCUCCACCUUGCGUACGUGACCAGCAUGGGGAAGCUCACGGGGGUGCUGGCCUUGGAGGAGCUGCAGAAGGCCAUUGAGGGGCACACCAAGUCUGGGGUGCAGCUCCGCCCUCCCCUUGCCAGCUUCCGGAGUACAACUUCGACUCGAAAGACUCCUGGGGGCCCAGUCCCUGCUGCAGAGGCCUGGAGCCUGCCUCAGGAUGGAAGUGGGGCCGCUGGGGCAGGGGAUGAGGCACCCGCCUCCCCAGAGCCCCCUGUGCCAUCCGCCUCCCCAGAGCCCCCUCCCUCCUGGGCUCCGGCCAAGGCAGAGAGUGAGCUGGAGGAACUGGAGCUGGUGGGGGCUCCGGGGCCGGAGGAGGAGCUGGCCGACAUCCUGCAGGGCCCCAGUCUGCGAUCCACGGAUGACGAGGAUGAGGAUGAACUGGUCCUCUGAGCGCCUCCCGGACCGCCGCACGAAGACGGUCUAGGUAUCCAGGCCAGAGGGUGGACCCGUGUGGAAGAGGGUAUUUCCUGAAGCUGGAGAGAUCGUACCAAUAUCCGGCCUCUCCUAGGAAUUUUACAAUGUCAUCCUGAUCGUGUUGGAGAAGGAGCCAGAAUCUGGGCAGGAGUAGCCCUGGUCAGUCAUCUGGGCAUGUCCCCCCGUCCCCAGACAGGCGGUGGUUCUAACCCCUGCGAAGGGCCCUUGAUAGUCCACGGGCUUCUUGAGUUUGCCUGUGUGUGGGUGGGGAAUGCCCGCCUCUCCCUGGCCCCCCUCACUCCCCCACAACUUCCCCGUGUUCUUGUUGGCCUUGCCCAGCCCCCGUUAGUUUCCCUGGGGGGUGGGUUAAGGGAGGCCCAGGAUGACUGUGGUCCUGCCAGUGCCAUGUUGGAGGAGGAGGUGGGAUCCCCUCAUGGCCUCAUGGACGGAUGGCCCCAGAAUAUACCCGCAAACUGUCCGCAGCCCCUCCUCUCAGAGCCCCCCACCCCGCCCUCCACUUGCCCACAGCCAUUCCCUGAAAUUUGCCUCCAGACGCCAUCCUGGCUCCCACUAUCUGUCCCCGGGCAGAGCCAUUACUAGGGCGGGAAAAGGCCAAUCCCAUUUCCCCCUCCUUUGUCCUCCAUUUAAGCAGUGAGGCAUGGAUAAAGGGCCUGUGGGGAAACAGCCUGGAAGAGGAAAGGUCGCAGGAAGGCUGUGUGUGAAAGGGGCGGUACCCAACAGUACUGCGGGCAAUGGAUUUACUUAACUCCCUCUGGCAGAAAUUCCUCCCCUCCCACAUCACAGCUUCCUCCCCCUCCAGUUUCCAGGUCACUCCCUCUCCACUGAAGUCCUUGAUCUGUCCUGCCCAAGGGUCAGCUCUGCCCUUGAGGUGCUCUAGCUGGGGCUUCUCCUUCCAAGAGUGGAAGCUCAGGGCAGCUGGGCCACUGGUUCACUCAGAGACUAUACCUUCUUAGGGACUGGUUCUUUGUGUUUCUCUUCUAGGGGUUCAGCGUCAAGAUGGCAGACCUUUUUGAUGCUUCCCACACUUGGGAAGUCAGAUCCUUACCCUCCCCAAACCAGCGACAGGGAGCCUGCCAUCACCCUGCCUUUUCUAUAAGUGGUCCCAGGUGCUCUGAGCAGCCAGAGACCCUUGCUCCCACCCCCAGGGCUUUUGUCCAUCCCUUCUUUUAUGCCUCGUUUAGUUCUGCAGUUGUGCCCCCUCCCCAGCAUUCUCCUCCUUCCCCACCCUGUGCCCGGCCUCCAUCAUCCCCCAAAUAAGACACUCAUAGCCGAAGGUGCCACCACAUUCUGUUUAGUGCCAUUGAACACAGCCUGGAGCCCUCUCCGACAAUACAUCCCUUCCGCCUCCCCAGGCCAAGAGAGAGAGGCUGUAGCCUGGGGACGGGGACUGGCAGUGGGCCUUCGAGCCCAUGCCCAUGUGUAUAUAAUCUAUAAUAUUUAUAUAUAUAUUUAUAUAUAAGUCUCUCUGUAAUAUAUGUCAUAGAAUCUCUCUUGGGCCUGGGUGGAAAUGUCACAUUAAGAAAACAUGCUAAGACUGGCCAUAAAAAUGGAUAUUCCCUAGACCUGGAAGACGGAGUAUGGGAUGUACAGGUGG